AUGGACCAUUUCCACGACGGGCAGCACGUCCGGCUGCGGAGCCGCGUGCACGACACGUACUACCUCCACGCCGACGACGACGGGGAGAGCGUCUCCAUCAGCCGCCGUCGGUACUCGCUGAACGCGGCGUGGACGGUGCACAUCUACCACGGCGACGGCUCGCACCUGCUCCUCCACGGUGCCGCUUACGGCCGCUACCUCGCGGCCGCGGCCAAGCCGGCGCCGUUCGGACACCACGGCUUCCGCGCCGAGCAGCGCGACUACGACGAGCCGGUUCUGGCGGCCAUCAUGUGGCAGGCCGUCGACGCGGGCUCCGGGGACGGCGUCCUGCUCCGCAACAUCGGCGGCCGCUACCUCCGCGCCAGCGGCAAGUUACGCAGGUACCUCCGGUGGAACGCCCGCGUCGGCGUCGAGUACACCGACAACGUCAGCGCCAUGAUGCACUGGAUCGUCGAGCCGAUCCGCCCCAGAGCGCGCCCGCCUCUCAUUCCGGGCCCGAUUCGGACCCGCGUCCCCGGAGACCUCUCCGUCGUCAUGCUGGGGCGCAAGCCGGGCGGAUGGCGCCGGAUUCGGUUCGUGCGAGCGAGCGACGAGGGGCUCUACAACGAGGACGGCUGGUCCGCGCUCCGUAUCAGGGGGAGGUCCGUGUACCACCUGAGGAACGCGCUGGCCAGCCGCGUCGGCGACAUCGACAUCCACGGCCAGCGCCGCGACAUGGUCAUGUGCGUCCGAGCGGGCCUCUACGGGAGGCUGACCCCACUCGUCGUCAACCUGCCCCACGGCCGCUACGGCGAGACCCUCGAUAUCGUCGUGAUGCUGUCCGGGACCCCUGCCUAUGAUGCGCUGCGACACCCGGAUGUCGCCGCGAAGUAGAUAAAGAUCAGAGUGGGAGUCCUGACAGUUCACCUCGAAGUUUCGCUGCCUCAGACACAAUGCCGGCAGAACUGGACGCCUACUUUUGCAUAUUGAUAUUUGAUAGAUAGAUAUAGU